AUGUCAGAAGAUCUUGCAAAACAGCUAGCUAGCUAUAAAGCUCAGCUCCAGCAAGUUGAGGCUGCUCUUUCUGGGAAUGGAGAAAAUGAAGACUUACUAAAAUUAAAAAAAGAUUUACAGGUAAUCAGUGCACAGCUGUACUCUAUUUGACCUGCUGAUACACAUAUCACAAGCCAUGAUGCUUCCUGGAUUUGCAGAUUACUGCUACUACCACCCGCUCUGUGAGUGAAGGAGCAGUGUUAGAGCUCAGACCUGGGGAAGGAAAAGUAAUUAAUGGAAGUUAUAGAAUUAACCAAAGAUCUCCUUUCAACACAACCUUCGGAAGCCCUUGCAAGUUCUGAUAGUUCUGCUUCUGCCCUACCCAGUCACUCCUGGAAGGUUGGGGAUAAAUGUAUGGCAAUAUGGAGUGAAGAUGGACAGUGUUACGAAGCUGAGAUUGAAGAGAUAGAUGAGGAGAAUGGUACUGCUGCAAUCACGUUUGCUGGAUAUGGCAAUGCUGAAGUCACGCCUCUGCUCAACCUCAAACCUGUAGAAGAGGGAAGAAAGGCAAAAGAGGACAGUGGCAACAAACCCAUGUCCAAAAAAGAGAUGAUUGCACAGCAACGAGAAUAUAAAAAGAAGAAAGCUUUGAAAAAAGCCCAGAGAAUCAAAGAACUUGAACAGGAGCGAGAGGACCAGAAAGUCAAGUGGCAACAGUUCAACAACAGAGCCUAUUCGAAAAACAAAAAAGGCCAGGUAAAGAGGAGUAUUUUUGCUUCCCCUGAGAGCGUGACUGGCAAAGUCGGAGUUGGAACAUGUGGAAUUGCAGACAAACCCAUGACACAAUAUCAAGAUACCUCUAAAUAUAAUGUCAGGCAUUUGAUGCCUCAGUAAGAGGGGGAAAGGCUAAACUUCAUCUCUGCAGGGCUUUACACUUAUCUUUUUAUCAUUAUAUUUUUCUAAAAGUAAAUUAUUUGUUGGCAUGUAGUGAAUAGUUCAUUUUGUCACCAUCACUUGGCUUCAGCUGAUGUGAGCCUUAAAGAAAUCUACAGCUAUUCAGUUGACUCCCUUCAUCAUUACUAAACUUUUUAUAUAGUCCUCUUAAAGCAAAAUUCUGCAGCCAGAUGUUUUCGUGAGCUGUUUGCAGUUGCACUGAAACAGCAGUUAGCUGAAAUGCUGGUCUCCAGAAUCUUCCAUUCAUACUUUUAGCCAGGGUAGGGUCAGAAAAAUGACUGUGUAAAAAUGGCACCUUUUAAAAGCUUCUCAUUCCCUCUGUAUUCACAGUCCUAUCUUCUUGCUUUAGUGACAAACUACACUAGCACUACAGAGCCAGUACAGCUCUGGGAAAGUUAGCUGGAUUCCAUCCUAGCUUGUAUAUAAAAUGGAAUUGUUAAUAAAAUUCUAAGUUACUCCCUUGCAAGCUCCCUGAAGACAGUCAGCUUGUACAGCUGUAACUGAGGGCAGAAUGUGGCCCACAGAAUACAUAGGAGUAGUGUGAUGAUUCAUGUGCUAGAAACGAUACAACUUCACUUUGAGAUUCCAGACUGAAUUUGCAGGGCUGGAAAUUAGGGGGAGGAAUCUCCUUACAUGUAUACUGAGCACAUUUAAACUGGAAGUCACUGAGACACAACCAGGGAACCCCAAGAUGACAUUUUUAGAGAGUCAGAUUUCAGAGUAAAACUGCACUUUAAAAGUGAAGAUUUAAGUAUGUUCUCAGCCCUUCUACACCAUGCACUGCUGGGUUCCGUGGGCUGGAGAUGGGACUUGACAACUGUACAGUAAAUCCCCACCUUGUUGAGCAGCCUGUGUGGGUUUUUGUCCCCAUCCAUUUAAACAGAACUGAAGCACAUUAGAUAAGAAUGCCUGGAUCCUAUUUAGUUAGUUGGAAAUGAGUAAAGGCUAGUCUGAAGUUUCUGCCUUGCUAUAAUCCUGGCUGUGGCCCUAGUGUUCAUUUUAAUUUCAGCCCUACACUGUCAGUGAGCCCUUUCAAGGAAACCACCUGUAAAAGUUCUUGCCUUUGUAUGUGAUUGCUUCCCUCUGUUACUUGUCUCCCACUUACGGGACUGGUACCACCUCUGAAUCCGUAAAGUGUUUAAAAAAACAAAAAAGUUAAUGUAUAGCCCUAUAUACAAUGUAGAUAUUAUUUUUGUAAAAUCUAGGGCUGAGUUAAUGAACAGGAGUACUUUGGCUAUUUCCUCCAUUAAAUAAUUCCAGUGUAUUUCUUGUUCAUUAAUCCUGACCAUGUUUCCCUUGUAUAUUAUGUUAAUGUAGCUCAUUUUGUAAUUUGUUAAUUAGAUCAGGUCAUGUCAGCAAUUGAUAAUGCACUGAUUGGUGGAAAUGUCCAUCAGUUACCUGAGUCACAACUCAAGCUAAACUCUGCAACUGAUAGUGUAGAAUCCAUGCAUAGAAAAAGAUUCUUCCUAUUAAUGGGAGAAAGUGAUUUUUAUGAAUACAAAGUGUGUUAAUUUCAGUUUUGUAUGUUUAACUUUUAUUAAAUAAAGUGUUAAAAUCUCUUGGA